GGCGCACUCUGACAGUGAGGAUAAUUUGUACAGGCUACCAGCUAGCCCAUUGAUAGGAAACCAAGAUAACAGGGAUUUGUAGAUGAUUGAAUCAGCUGAUACAUUUAUUGUUCAAAGCAUAAUGUGGUGAACAGGGUAUUGUUUAAGCUGACUGUACAAUUUGCUCAAGUUUCAUCGUCUAGACUAUUCAGGCAUUGGAUGUUUAACUACUUCAGUCUUUGCUCUAUUAAGUGUUCAUAUGAAAUGAAGUAGAACAGCUGAACAGUGUGAGCUUUGGAAAGGAUUAAAUAUAUAAAAAAAUCAGAAAAUUUCAGCGCUGUAAUUUGCUUUAUGUGAACUUUUAUUGAACACAGAAAAUGAUCUCUGUUUUGAAAUUACUUCCAUGACUUCAACUGUGCCAGUCAGCAAGAAACAUGGAAGGAAUAAUUAGAAAAUUGUGUAAUUGAAAAAAACAAAUUGAGGGGCCAAGAUUAAAAACAAAAAUGGAAAGUUCAGACUUACCCAAUCUGGAUUUGAAGGGGUCUUCUCAAGAAUCUGAUGUGACAUCAGCAACGUAUAACGUGCUGGUUGGCAACGUGACAGUGAUGACAGAAUCCCAGACGUUAAAUGGCAGCGUUAGACAGUGUGACGUUAUUAAUACUGACUACGAUAUUACGGCUGCAAUUAUAUGUGCUCUAUGCUUCUUGUUCGGAAUUCUUUACACAUUCUUUGGAUAUCGCUGUUUCCGGGUUGUGAUGUUCCUCACUGGGUUUCUGUUCGGGUCCAUUCUAGUCUACGAGGUAUGCCAGGAGGAGUCAACCUUCAGCCCUCUUGUUAGUGCUGGAAUCUCACUCGGCGCUGGGGCUCUGUGUGGGCUGUUGUGUAUGCUAGUGCAAUAUGUGGGCCUAUUUCUCACGGGCUUCAACUUUGGAAACUGCAUUGCCAUCAGUGGUUUCAUAGUUCUAGAACAGUUUGUUCAUCUGCGUACGUUAUGGAUUCCUAUCGGAGUAACAGUUGGUAUAGGAAUCGUGUGCGCAUUUUCUACUCUAAAAUUCCAGAAGUCAGGAACUAUAUUGGGAACAAGUGUAUUUGGAGGAAUUUUAAUGAUCUCAUGUAUUGACUAUUUCAUCGAGCAUUUUAUCUUGAUAGAGUAUAUAAAGGACCGGUUUAAGGCGCGGGAUUCGCUUCCUCUGUGCUGGUACUCGUGGGUGAUUCUCGGAUGUUGGCCAUUCUGUUUCCUGGUCGGUGCAAUCGCUCAGUGGAAAAUAACGGGACAGGGAUAUGACCAUAAAGAAGCUACCCCAACUCGCAGAUGCCGUGAGUACUGUAUAAAGCGUACACCGCGGCCCCGGGAAAAGCCGAAGGAAGCCCCACAUCAGUCACGUUAUAGACAUCUGUACCAAGCUCGUAGAGUGAAAGGAGACGUCAUCUCACAGAACUAUAUCCAGACAAUGCAAACAAAGCUGUCACCGUCGUUGCAUCGUAUGACACCAGUACCCACUGAGCCUGGGCUUGGAGAACCAGAGAGCACAAACACCACCCUCACACAGAUUCCAGAAGUCUGAACACUAAUAUGCCAACUGUGAACACAUAUUUCAAAGACAUACUAUGUCUUAAAAACUUAACUCAGAAACCUUAAGUCUGAACACAGAUAUUUGAGUUAAACACCAUAUCUGAACACAGUUUCCAGAAGUCUAAACAGUAUAUGGAAUUUACCAUAGACGUUUGGUUCUCUAAAAGAGUUCUUAGUGCAGGUACCUGAAAUCUGAACAGUCAUUUGUGUAUAUAAACACAGAUAUGCAGAGUCACCCACAUUCUUACAUUGGACAACAGUAACUGUGAAAAAUAAUACUAUGUCUGAAAAUGAGAUUAUCACAGACAUUUUAAUUCUGAACACAGGUGUUAAAAUUGUCUGUACAUAAAUGCCGAAAAUGUGAGCAGUAAUUUCCUGAUGUUAUGCUUAAUCUGAACAAAGAUAACUUACAUAAGAUAAUCCAUGUCUUAACAUCCAUUCUCUGACCACACCAAGUCUGAACUCAGAAAUCUGAAUAAUAAACACAGAUUCUUAGUUUGAACACAGAUACUGGAAGUCUUAAGACAGAUAAACCAUGUUGAAAUACAGAUCUAUACCAAAUAUGAACCCAAAUACCUAAUGCUUAAAUGUAGGUAGUUCAUGACUUUUCAUUUGUGUUCUUAACAUGCAAAGUCCUAAAACAGAUGAAGAGCUAAUGAAGUUCUGAUCAUCCAAAGUCUGAACAAAUACAUGUUUCUGAGUAUUGAAUUGAUAAUAUAAGUGUGAACAAAGAAAUCAGAGUUCUGAAGACAGAUAAGUUUGAACAAGAUCCUGCAUCUGUAAUCUGGGCAAUUAAAUAGAGUAAUAAAAGUGUAAUAAUUGUAUUUAUCUAAAGCGGUCUUCUUAAGACUUGAGCUGUGGUUUGGAGGAAGGGAACCAUGGAUGCUUAGACCUUGUUCCAUUACUUUUUUGUGUUCAUGUAUAUAAUUAUUUAUUGUUAUACUAUGAAACUUCUCUGUAAUGUUCUGUUGAAAGAACAUGAUCUUUGUUGGAAUUUCUAAUGUAUCUGUUAAUAAUUGUCUCAAAUUCAUUUUUACAGCAUAUAGUUGACUUCUUUAUUAUGUGCUUUUGUUUGCUUGAUAAUGUAAGAAUAAACAAAUUGUUAUUUUUUAAUUGAUUUUAGUGUUUUUAAAGGGAUGAAGAAGUUUUUAAAUAGAAGGGUUUGUCUUUGAAGCAGACGGGGGUGGGGUCAAAGGUUUCACUUGAACUCACUUUAGCUUCACUGACUCUAAAGGACCGAUUUCUUUCAAAUGAAUGAAAGAAAUCCCAAGCCCACGGGGUUUGACUGUAUAUGAAUUGCUUGUUAAAACACAAAGGUCAGUUUCGUCUGGUUGUAAGCCUAAAUGGGGUUAUGUUGUUUGCAUAAAAAUUAAUAUGAAAUUCUCUGUUGUAAAUUAAACAUUGAUCCAUGAGUGUAUGAUACUAAGCAUAAUUAUGUAGUGAAUUGCUUUUAUCUAUCAUUUUCUAAAUAUUUGAGACCAAUACAUUGAAGUGAUCAAUUCACACAGUUUCAUUUACGUUCUUGUUAAACUUCCAUAAAACUUAGCUUUGGCAUUGUGAAAUUUUACUUGUAACAAAUAUUUUGUUAUUUUCAGAUUUGGAAAUUAAUUAAAUUCUAGCAGGGAGGUUAGAGGGAGAAAAUUUAGUUGGCUUUGUAAAAAUUAAAUAGGCGAUUCCAAACUUACGCUUUAUUGCAUAUAACUUUUUGUCAUGUCAAGUUUUUAUUCCGAACAAAAGACUUUGAACAAAAUCUUCUUUAAUCUAUUAAAUGAUUUUUUGAAAAUUAUUUUUUGUACCGAUUGUAAAUACAUCUUCAGUUAUUCCUAUUGCUACUGAGGGAUAAUUGUUAUGUAUUAAAGUGAAAGUGUUCUUAGCAACUUAAAAAGCACCUAGGACAUUUUCGCCUUAAGCCCUUGACUAUUUUAUGUUAUAUAUAAUUAUACAAACAUCGAAAUAACAGAUUUGACUAACAACAUUAAGUUGCCAGAUUUCAACCGCAGCUGAAUAUGUUGUAGUGAUGAUAUUAACUAAGACGUUAAGAAAGUACACUAAAAAGGCCAUGAAAAAUAAAUUGUUAGUUCUCAUGUACUUUUGAACGGGAGAAAUCGCAUAAUUUUUUUUAUUUAUUUAAAAAACAAAUUAGAUUUGAUAAAAAGCUGAAGCCAUAUUUGCUUUACAAAUACGGAAAAAUGGCAUAUAUAAUAUAUGAAGCUGAUUAACAACAUCAUAUUAAUUUCUGCCUAAUUUAAUUCAGUAAUUAUUUGAAUAAUCUUAAAAAUAUUUCUUGAAAACAUUUCUUCCCAAAAUGAUCCUAUUUGGGCUAUUUCAACAGGACUAACAUAAUUUAAUUUUUUUUAGAUACGGCCAAGGAAAAUGAAUGUGGAGGAAUGAGUUUGAAAUGAUAAACUAAACAUUAUUUGUUGGGCCUCAAUAGUCCAUGUACAGUAAUGCACAUUGUAUGUUAACGAAUUGUUGUAGUUAAUGCCUCUACCCUUGCACCAAGUUGUUAGAUGUUAGUUGUUAUGUGACAUUGUCAUACUUUUGUAACUGUUUCUGGACUUUUUUCAUGAAAUGGUCUCGUUCAACAGUAUACAAAUAAAAUUUUGCAAACUUG